AGUUUUAUAGUGGCUGCUAGAUAAUGAGAAGUUACCUGGGUUGACAGGUUUCUUCUAGGUCAGCUGAGUUAAUCUUUUAUGCUAUCCUGCGAUUAUCGCGGAUGUGUCGUAAUUGUCUUCUGAAACAUGGACGCCACGAUGUUUCAGCUGAGGUCGUUUGUCCAUCAGCGGUUGUACAGAGCAGCAGAGGAGAUUCUCGGGGAGGUGGAGAAAACCAUAACGUUAGCUUUGUACGAAGCCGAAGUUAGUCGAUCUAAAGGGGAGGUUGAAAGUCUGCGACACCAGCUAGACCUUCUGCGGAAGAAAGCAGCUGAAGAGCCUUCACCUACCAGCAGCUCACUGGACCACAGAGACAAAUGUGAUGUCCCACUGCUGCAGGAGAACCCAGAACCCUCAACACCAGAAGGGUCUAACUUCAGUCUGAGCGCUGAGGUCCCAGGACCCUCUCAGACUGGGACAGACAUGGACAAGAAUAACUGGAACUACUGCUUGGUUGAGACGGACUUAAAAAUGUCCAAUAUAAAAGAAGAGCAGGAGGAUCUUGGGGGUGAUAGUCAGGCACAGGAGGUUGUUUUCCCUUCCACUGAAAUUGUGAAAAGCGAGCAAGAUCACCCAGAUACACAAGCGUUGUAUGAACUGCAGCAAGUUUCCUCAGACUGCUCUGCAGGCCAGUCCGAGGACAGUGAGGGCGAUGAUGAGGUGCUGGAGAACAGCAAAGUAGAACAAACCGAAACAAUGAAACAGAAAGGGAAGAUAUUGCAAGGCAAACAUGUCAGCAUUAAUAAGAAGGGCCUAGCUGCAUUGCCAUAUGACAAAUGCUCUGCUAAAAAUGAAAAGAGCCGCAGUUUUUGCCAUUUGUGUGGUAAAGGAUUCCAGUACAUCGGCUCUUUGAUGAAGCACAUAAAAACACACGAGAACAAGACUGAUUGCACCCUUUGUGGGGUAACAUACCAGUCUACAGAAGAGCUGAUGAGCCAUUUGAAAGGUUGUCACAACCAAACUGAUUUCUGUGACAUCUGUGGCAAGGUCUUUGCCAAUAACCGUUGUCUCCGGCUGCAUGAAAGAAUACACACGGGCAUAAAAGAGUUCAUGUGUCAAGAAUGUGGCAAAACAUUUUACCGAAGAGAGCAUCUGAUCGUGCACGUGAGGACCCACUCUGGGGAGAAACCGUAUCACUGUGAUAUCUGCGGAAAAGCAUUCAGUCAGAGCCAGAACCUCACAAUUCAUAAAAGAAGUCAUUCAGGGGAGAGACCAUAUCACUGUAGCCUGUGUGGCAAACUUUUUAACACCAGCAGUCACCUCAAAACACACAUGAGAUACCAUUCAGGAGAAAAACCGUACCCGUGUGAUAUCUGCGGUAAACGUUUUCGCCAAAGUGGACAGAUGACGAGACAUAGGACCACACACACGGGGGAGAGGCCGUACGCGUGCCAUAUUUGUGGCAUGAGAUACAGGUUUGCGCCUAACCUGAAGGUGCACCUGCAAACUCAUGAAAAGGCAGCUGCUGAGUGAAAACCAGAUGGACCGUGUCAGAGCCUGUGCAUGAGUUAGAAAGGGAAUUUUACAUGCGUGGCAUAACUCCGCGUGGCCGUUAAUGACUGCAAUGAUUCUACUUCUUCUUCUUGUACUUCUUUUGCGUAACCAUUGUACUUUUGUUACUGUCGAUCAUUUCAGAAAGCACACCGUGAGUUGCGAGUUUUAUCUGAGUUACGUCACGUAGCUGCUGGCAUCCCUACGCAUUGAGGUUGUCUCACCGUGAACUUUUUCUCUAUGCAGAUUGACGUUGACCAGAGUUGUCAUGGAAUUAAAUUUCAUCAGUCAGUUGGUAUCAGAGUUUUAAGUUGUCCCAUCUUGAAUGUGCUGCUUACUCACACAGGUGUUUUCAGUUACUGUGGCUGAUUAGACGUGUACUGGAGAUUACAAUACACAAUGUCUCCAAUCGCUGUGUACUGUUGAGAAUGAUAAACUUGUAAACUGUCUCUUUGGAAGAGGUUCAACAAAACAGAUUUCCCCAUUUGUUUCCAAGGAGGAACAGAGAGGGUCUUUCAGCAGAUACUAACAACUUCAUGGUGAAAUAAUACAAGCAGUAGAGAUGGAAGGAUGCUGCUUGGUUGUUAUGAGUGCAGAGAUGGUGGCAGAGGAGUAAAUUGUAAAAUGUUUAAUUAAAACCUGUGUAAGUAAUAGCUACAUGGAUGUCCGUAAGCCUGCUAUCCAUGCUAGCGCUGACAGUUUAUUUUGAGGAAAUCCAGUCUGACUGCUCCAUGACAGGAAAGUGAGAUGGAUGGAUGCCCACACAGUGUAGUCAGGCAAGACAAGUGAAAACACCUGUGUGAGUGUACCAUUGGUGUGCAGGGCCUUUGUCAUGUGGAAUGUUAACAAACACUUUGAGUUCAGUUGUGUAAAAAAAAAAUGCUUUGUAGAGCAGUACAUGUGUGACCAUUUCUACAUUACGUUAAUUUAGCAGAGGCUUUUGUUCAGAAUAGUUUAUUUUUAUAUGUACAUAUUAACGAAUAUGUUAGUUUGGUACACACUGUAGCAAGAGGAAAUAAAUCCCCCCCACUGAAUGUGACACGAAUGAUGACCCAGCAGCUGUACUCACUGCAACUGAUUUACACAGACAGGCAAAGCCAAAAACGUUAACCUUUGACCUUUGUUACAGUGAUCAUUUUUAACAGAAUCAGGCACAUUUUGGCAUAUGCUGAUCCAAAACCAAAUUAAGAAAGGAAGUGUUUGCAUGUAAACUCAAGGUUUUGUCAAGGCCAUGCACUGUGUAUACCAAGGAAAUAUUUUUUUUUCUCCCAACUGAUACACAAAUACAUCUGUGACUAUGUCAAUGUCCUGCUGUGGUGUUUUCUAUUAACCAAAGCCCCACCCCCCACAAUUUAAAUAUAUUCAGAAAUCCCUUUAAGUUUCUGUGUAAGCGAUUUAGAUUGCUGAAAUCUGUUGGCACUUAAAACCAUCAGAGUGGAAUACACUUUAUGUAUCUAUUUUUGUAUGUUGCUCUGUGUGUAAUGUCUUCUUAAUGGUGAAACCAAGAUUCAGUUUAAUAUCCUGUCAUAUCACAUGACUGUUGCCUGUUUAUCUUUUCCUGGCUGUGGCCGCCAGGUAAACGUAUUUAAAGCAGUAUUCUCAUUCUGUCCAGGCAUCUUAUACUCAGCAUAAAUCUUCCCCCGCGGUAUUAAACUCGAUGUGUCUAUUAUUACAAGGUUGCAGCGGCUGUUGCUAGAUGUCUGUAAAUAUUGUGGAUUUUCUUCGCCCACAUCAUCACUUGGCUACUCAUAUGUGUCUGAAUGAUGACUGAAAACUGAAAACUGACUUCUGGAUUGGUAAAAUUUUAGAAUUUGCGGUCAGUAAAACUAUUGAAGGACACCAUGAACUGCAAACAACUUCAGUUAUUACUCCUAUUCUGAAUUUUUUGAGGUUAUACGUAUCUUUGUUAAACCUUCCUGAAGCUGAAGACAGUGAUUUUAAAAUCUCUGACAUCAUCACAACGUUAACACCUA